UUCCCAGCGCCACUGGCCCGACAAAACGUUGCUGUAGCAGAGCCAGUCCGCACCGACCGGAGCAGAGCAGACACACGGGAGAGAGCACGUACACACACGGGAAAUCCUUUUUUGUGUUCGACCGAGUGGCUUUGAUUUGCAUAUCCACUUCCACUCCUUCCUCAUUUGCAUACAGCAAGAAUGGCGAGCGGGCAUCCCACAGACAAAUUCAGUUUCAUGUAUCAACCAGACACGCACAAGAGUAAGAACAGGUUAUCUUCAGCAAUGAAUCCAGUCUACAGCCCUGUUCAGCCUGGCACCCCAUAUGGAAACCCCAAGAACAUGGCCUUUACAGGCUAUCCAGGGGGGUAUCCUGCCACGGCUCCCACCUAUACGCCCAACCUCUAUCAAACAGGCAGUCCUGGGUAUCCACCAGGAUAUACCACAGCAGGCACCCCAUACAAAGUGCCACCCACUCAGUCAAAUGGAGCACCCCCUCCCUACACCCCGACCCCGACCCCAUACCCCACAGCUAUGUACCCCAUCCGCAGUGCCUACCCUCAGCAGAACAUAUACGCACAGGGAGCUUACUAUACCCAGCCAGUGUAUGCGGCUCAGCCGCAUGUGAUCCAUCACACCACCGUGGUGCAGCCCAAUAGUAUCCCCUCCACAGCCCUCUACCCUGCCCCCGUCCCUGUACCUGCUCCUCGCAACAACGGCAUGGCUGCCAUGGGGAUGGUAGCUGGGACAACCAUGGCUAUGAGCGCAGGGACCCUGCUGACAACGCCCCAGCACCCCCCGAUUGGAGCACACCCAGUUACUGUGCCAACCUACAGGCCCCAAGGGACACCUGGGUACAGCUACGUACCACCUCACUGGUAGAGCCCACCCAUCAUAUCUGGAGUCCACCAUCGUAUGCAACUGCUCAAAUCUUACACGGGCUCCCACUGGUAACCAUGGGAACUCGGCACCUGUCUGCAAGAACAAAACUAAAGUGCAACAGCCACUUUACUAUUAUUGUUAUUGUUAUUAUGCGACAUUCUCUAACGUUUUUACAAAAGCUGCUUUUAUUUUUUAUUUUUUUUUCUCUGUUCAUUUGCCAACCAGUCAUUACUUUAUUUUGUAUGGUUAUUUUAUUUUAUUUUCUCAUUUUCUUUUGCUGUGUCUGUCAUUGGAACUCCAGAAGGACUCUUGACCAAUCACGGGUGUCGGUCACUCCUGUUUCUGUGUUGUGCUGGUGUGUGUGGUCCUGCCUGCUGCUGCUCAGUUGGCUGGAAAAUAUUGGGCACUUAUUCUCCAUUAUCAUCUCCAUCAUUCCCUACAAAGAUUUACUGACUUAUGCUGCCAAAUUUUCUAACGACUAGAUAUCAGCACAGGGUUUUAACAUAAUUAGGAUUUUUGUUUUUUGGAUUAUUUAAUUUUUUGAUAUUCUUUCUUUUUACCACACUCAACUGAAUUACUUAACUUUUUCCUGUAGACUUUUUUCCCCCCCCAACCUUUGUUCUUCCUUCCUCUUCAUCCCUUUUUAUCUGCUUCGUUUCAUUUUCAGUGUAAUCUCAGUCGUCUUCCAGCACAUAGCUGUCUGUCCGGCAGUAGUCUGUUAGUCAUCCCUGUCAUUUUGUCCCCAUGUAAGUUGCUGUGUCACAAUGAGCAGAGCACUUACCGAUCAUCACCCAUCCGGCUGUGUGUCCCACCGUGUCCACAUAAGCAUAGCACCUAGCACACACUUGAGAAAACAUCACCUACUUCAUGCUACAUACUAUGCAGGCUAGUAUGUUGUGACACUAUCGAAAUCUUAACCUAGCUACAGAAUAUUCUGGGGUCGUUCGGGUCCUGUCAGCUUUUUUACGUGGUUAGCGUAGGUCAAUACAUUAAGAAAAUGUAAAAACUAUUUAUACUAACUGUGUCAACAGCAUGGGUGGUCGUGCACACUUUCUCACACGUACACAAACACACAUACACACACAGGGGCUCCUGUGGUAUGUUGGAAAAUACAUGAUAUACACAUAAUAUUGGCACUUACUGUACAGUACAUCCAGUUCUGUUGUUAACUGAUCAACACAUACACACAAAAGCAAACACACACAUGGAUUUCUAGGGGUGUGCAUGGCAGACACAGCCAGCAGAGAAGGAGUUUAAAGGGAUCGUGUUGGCACUAAGCGAGGAGAGUAGGACGAGACGGGGAGAGCAAACAAGGGAGGAGGAGGAGAUGACAUAUUCACAGUUGGUCAUUUCAUUUCAAGGUACAAGGCAUUUGAGUUUGUGACAUCUUACCUGCAAGAAACUGCACUCACACUCUGCUAUUUUUGCACUAUAUGGAUUGUACAUUGAUCUCUCACUGUGAUUAUAUCAUCUCCUCCUCCUUCCUUCUUCCCGGCCAGGACUAAUAACCAAACACUCUACAAAUAGAAACCCAUACUCUUGAGUGUACAGUUAAUAAUGGACCAGUCAAAUAGAUGUGCUGAUGGAUAGGUUAAAUCGACUCCUCAAUUUCUCAGUGCUGUGAGUUCUGAAAAGAGCAAACCAAUGACGUGGAUGGUUGUUCAAAACAUUUAAGCUGAAAUUGUGUCCAGUCAGAAGGCUGCAAUGUGUAUACACCUGGUCCAUGUCAUAGCAAUGGCUUGUAAUUCUCAGAAUUGAGAUGUGUGAGAUUGAAAGAGCAAAACCAGACUGUAAUCAGAAAAGUGGCGUUUUUUUGUGUCCAUGGCAGGAGUGCACAGCCAUGAUGUUGCUUGGAUUUAAACCAGUUCAGUUCUUUCGGGAGAGAGGGGAAAAAAAGCAGCACGACCUUCAAGGGACAGUAAGAGGCUUUUAGACAUUUAGCAGUAUUAUGAAAAAAAAAAUUUCGUUUACUGUGCUUAUUCCUGCAAGAGUCAGAGAUUUACACAUAUCUGCUUUUACUGACUGCAUUUCAACAUUGUUCUCCAUUUCCAGCCUAAACCUUUGUUUUAAUAAAACACUUAUUAGAUGGGGAUAAUAUUUCAGCCAGUAAGACAUGGACCAUAUGCAUCUGUAUACUGUUGCUUCUUUGCACUGUGCUUCUACAUGCAGAGGUAUUUACAUCCACAGUAUGACGAUCAUCUUAAUCACAAAGUCUUUGUUUAUUAGUCCUUGGUUGGAGAAAAUGGAGGUGUAGGGUGGUGGUGGUGGUGGUGGGGUUUAAUAUUUAGUUGAGGCCUGUGGCAUUUUUCAGGAUCUACUAAAAAAAAAAAAAGGAGAGAGAAGAAAAAAGAAAAAGACUCAAAUCACAGCUUCAUGAUCUGUAGAGUACAGAUUGGUGUAACGAAAAGCAUUUACCACGCAGGUAUGUAGAUGAAGUGGUUUGAUAUUGCAAUAAAACGAGGGAAAGCCUCCAACUGUUAACAUACCAUAAUUAUUUUAUCAGCGUUUUGAAUUGAUUUUGAAAAAAUGCUUAUUGUUGUAAUCUCUAAAUAUGGAUCACAGGCUCUAUAUGCAGCCUCCAUUCAAUAAUUAUUACAGUUACUGCUAAGAAGAGUAGAACAUAUCAGAAAAUUUGGGGUGUUGAAUAACUUUGUGGGUAAAUAUUGCACAACAUAAGAAAACUUGAUGACUACAAUUUAAUGCUAAGUAACAGGUACCUAGGCUUUGUAGUGCAAGAGGGAUGAAGAAGCAAUUUAUAUUGUAAUUAAAAAUAAAACAAUAAGGUCGAGUGUUUGAGGUAUUCUUAGUCCAGGUGUUUGUACACUAGUAGGUUAAUUCUCAAGAAAAUAUUGCAUAAUGCCGCUGUCGGAUGAAAACCGUCUUUGAGGCUCAAAUGUCUUUGAGCCUUAUUUUUUAAAUGACCCCUGUAUUUUAGAAGAUAUCAAGUGGAUGUUAUUGGCAUGAGGCUCAUAAAAUGUUCCCGCCAUGUAAGGAUCUGAAAAAAAAAAAUCCAGAAACCGGAUUUUCUUGCGACAGCAGUAAUGUUACUCGUUAUUAGGAUUUAUUUAACCAACCACUACUUCUGUCAGUAUUUCUCAAUUAAAUCUUGCAUUUUGUUUUUUGUUUUUUCUUUCUUCUUUCCCUCUGAUCAAUUAAGCAUAAUGGGUAUGCAUAAUAUUCAGGUGUAUUUCACUAUAGCAUUGGAUCUCUGAGUUUAAAAAAAAAUGCAGUAUAUUUAUACAGCAAGUGGUACAGUAAUGUAUUUCUAGCUACGCAUGGUUGCAUCAGUGUGGCAGCUACUGUUUGUGCUUUUAAUAUAUUUUAUUUUUACCUCCUCUUCUGCAUCUCUGUCCUCUACAUAUCUGUCACUGAGGGAGGGGAGGAGUUAACACAAGGUCUGUAAAUAAAGUUAGGACUUCUGGAAAUUCUCGUCACCAAAUUCCCACAUUUUUGUGAUUGUUGCCUGAAUUUACAGACCUUGAGAAAGUAGAGGAUGAAUGACAGAACUGAAAUGGAUAGCAUUAUUUUGGCUGAGGGAAAAAGGUUACCCUGAUGCCCUUGGGAAGCCAUCAUCUCUGUCCGUUUCUCUUCUGUGGGUGCAAAGAUCUAUCCGAAUCUUGUCUUGAAAACCCUCUGCCUCCAUGCCCUUUGCUCUGUGCCAUAUUUCACAAACUGUUGUUCAGUAAAUAUUAGUUUCUUCUCCUAAGUAACUGGUGAAUUCUGAGUCCUUGUUAUGUCUAGCUUCCUGUGAAUCUGUGUUUUCCUAUUGCUGUCCUGUUUCUCUCAUUGUUGUUAAUGCAUAUUGCCUGUCUCACUUUUAUCUUUCUUACUGAAUCCUCUGUUUAUCCUGUUUUCACUUUGUGCCACAACUUUCAUUUUGCAUCCCUUCAAGCUUUCAGAGAUGUGAAAUGAUGUUGGAUCAUAUGUUCUGCUCCCUCCCUUCUUCGCUCUUACCCUCUUCUUUAACCCCCUGCUCUCACACCUUCAUGUUUCUGGCCUUUUAUAUCAGUCCAGCCUUUGCAACCCUCAACACCCCCGUCUUAAUAGCAGUAAUACAGAAUUAUAUGAUGGUCAUUAAAUUGGUGUUAUUAAUGGUGAUAAUCUACUUUACAUUUUGGCAUGUGUGAGAUUCCACUGAGCCUUUUUAAACACUAGAUGUCGCUAGUGACAAAGUCUAGAAGUGGCAUCACCAUGGUUCGAGGCUUUGAGCCAGCACGAUAAAUUAAUCAUUUAUCAGUGUCACUUACCUUUUAGAUUCACAGUUGGGUGUCACAUUGAGGUAUUUUUGGGGAGGAGGGUGUUUUUUUCCCCAGAUUAAAUGUCUUUUUUUUUUUUUUUCUUUCUUUUUUUUGGACAUUUUCAGAUGCCAUAUUAGAUGACAAAAACAAGAUGCUAAAUAAGGUUUUAUUUGCUGUUAUAAGAGCUGAUGAUUAUUUUAGUUUCUCUUUAAUGGGCUGUGGACCAAUGCUCUUUAAAAACUGUAGUGCUGUUUUUAAUGUGGCGGCUCAGUAGAGCAUUUGGGUUAGCUGAAUGAAAAACUUUUUUCAGGGUGGUGAAACUGCUUCCUUAUUUCACUCCAUUCCUUGCCUCUCAUUUAUUUCAAUUUGCACUUAAGUGAAAUCAGUUGAACACUUUGAUGUGUUUUUCGGGGGUGGGGGUGCAAAGUUGUCUUAAUCAUGAGUCUUCUAUCACCUUUUUCUUUUUCAUUCUGUCCUCUAUGACAUUUCCAAACAUUGAAAGGUGGUAACUUUAAUGAGGAUUAGUCAGUUCUUUUUUUUUGUUUGUUUGUUUGUUUGUUUGUUUUUCCAUUGUAUUUUAAUCUUGCGCCUCUUCACCUUAACAGUGAAAAUGCGUCCGGAAUCAUUCGUAACACCUCUACUCUCCUUCCAUCUUCCCUCUCCCCUGUCUCUUCCUUUUUGCCUUGCAGUUGCUAAGUCUUAGUUUUUUUUUUUUUUUUUUCACGAGUAUAAAUUAAAACACUACUAUCACAGUGAAUAGUAGGCUCUUAAAUGUCUUUGAUGUUCUGCUGCAGCUUUUUAAUUUCAGUUUGUCAGAGAUAUCUCUUAGUUUAAUUUGACACUAAAUGUGAUGCAAAAAGUGGAAAUUCCUUGUCUUCCAAAAAAAAAAAAAAGAAGCAUACUUGUAUCCCUCUACGGAUCGAGUAUUAGGAACAACCCCAUCUUUGGAA